AUGGCCACAGACACCAUUUCUACCCCCAACGCAGCACGCUCUUUUGUUUCUGAUGUUUCUGAUGCUUCUGUUUCUUCUCUUUCUGUUGCUCUUUCUGCUCUUUCUGCUCUUUGCCCCACGACACCAGCCACUCCUGGCGCGCCUCUGCGCCGCCAGGGAGUCGCGCACCCUCGUUUUGCUGCCUUUGACGGCUCGCUUGAGUUUGUCCGUCCCACACUGCACCUUACCCCCUUGACGCGCAGGCUUCAGUUUGCUGCUGUCUACCGCCGUUUGGCCGUGUCCACUCCCUCACCAGCCUCUCCGGGCUCGUCUGAUUCACUCUCUGGCUUCUCGGGCAGUUGCCGGCCCAGCCCCCCUCGUUUUGUCAACCAACUGACCCACGAUCUUUCUCUCUGCCCUCAGGGCGAGCUUGUGCGCUGGGAGUCCAGCCUUGCCUUGGACUCGGGGAAACUCGAGGCCGCUGGCAGUUGGGUCUCCAACCUUGCCUCUCCCUUGUCCUGCGAAUCCGCCGUUGUCAGCCCAGUGGCCUCAUCGGUCAAUGACCCCUGGUCCCCUCGUUCUCUCAGCACAGUCACAGUCGCUUCAGACUCUCCGCUCGCUGGCCGCCAUCGCCUUCCAAUGGUCCCAUCGCAACAGUCAUGUACCCUUCUCGGAAUGCUCGCUGGCAAGCGAUUCUGGAGAUUUUCGUCCUUCCUCAAGCAGGCAUACAUCAACACCCUCCAUCGGGAUGACCCCCAGCAGUCUUUGCAGACCCCAGACAACCUCACAAGGACAGUGGCCCUCCACAAGUGGAUCACAGACAUUCCAACCCCAGUCACCCCUUCGCCGUUCCAGGCACCUACCGCCAUUGGCUCUUGCCCGUCGCUCUUUUCUUCGCCCAUGUCGCCGCCCGUGUCGUCGCCCAUGUCGCCCUCCCUUCGCUUCACCUCGGGUUCUCCGGACUCGUUGGCAUUCCUUUCUCAGCCCUCGUCGCCAGUGGCGUCGCCCUCCACUCGCUCGCCCCUUGCGGCCUCUGUUCGUUCAGAACACCCCCCUCCUGUCGUUGAAGCUGAAUCCCCCCACAACCCCAACCUGACCGACGCUCUUGCGAAGCUCAAGGAGCUGAUCGAGGCCGGUCCCCCUGUCGCUCUUUCUUCUCCCUCUUCCUCCCCCAGUGUGUCGCCUGCUCUUAGCACUCGUUCUGCUCUUGCUGCCACUCGCUCGCUCAAGCGCAAGCUUCCCCAGGAUGCUUCGCCACCCCCUCGCCGCCUUCGCCCGGCUGUCACUCGCUUUGAAGCUCCCACCCCCGUCUUUCAUUUUGCCCCUGCCCUUCCAGAGUCUGUUCCUUCGUUCCCUGUUGAUGUUCCAGCCAUGCCAGGCACGUUCCCUGCCGAUUUUCCCACGGAAAUCCGCCUCGAACCCACUACAGUCACUCCCUCACCCACCUCGUCAUCUCUGCCCUGGAAGACGAUUGGUAUCGCUGUGGGCGCUUUUGCCCUCGGCGUCGCUGUCUCUCGUUAUCUGUUUUAG